AUGCCUGUGCCCCAGCCCGUCAUGCCUCCGCGUCUGACUGGAUUACUUACCCAACCACUAAUCCCAAGCCCUAUCAUCAACUGGAUCCUUCCAGCGCGUCUUCGAGAUAAACACCACAACGAUGUUGUUUUCAUUGGAGAGCGACGAAUUCAAAUCAAGGAAGCCCUGCCCAGUGGCCAUCUUAAAGAUGUUGUCGAAAAAUCUGACCUUGAAGGCUCGAUUAUUGGGGCGAAAGUCAUCAAUGUAAGCACCCAAUUGCCUUGGGAAACUCAGACUCCAUCAAGCUCCACGACGCACCCUUACGACAAAAACGAACUACCUCCUCAAAUCCUUUUUCUUUCUAUGGACUCAAAUCAGCUCCUUUUCAUGUACUGCUCGGAAAUUGGAGAUGGCCCAUUUGUUUCCUACAGUCGACCUCUACCCCGCGACGUCAGCAUUGCCGACAAGUAUGGCAAGCAUAUAGCAGUUGAUCCCAAAUCGCGUGCGGUUGCAGUCAGCGCAUCGCGUAAUUUCUUCGGUGUCUUGUGGUUAAAAUCUCCCAGCCAAAUCCAGGCACAGAUGCUACAAGGGGAGCUGAACCCACUUGAAAGUGAGAGUUUCUUUCAAGUGGACGGAGAUAUCCUCUUUAUGGAAUUUCUUUAUCCGAAGGACAUGCAUGACAAACGGACCAUCCUCCUUCUUAUUGUUCAUAAGUCUAACAUAACACGGUCUAUGGUGUUUGAAUGGAGUGGAGCUAGUAUGCAUGACCGCAUGAGUCCCAAGUUCACCUUAACUUCUCUGCCUCAGCAAGAUCAGUUACCUAGCAUGGUCAUCCCUUUGGCCAAAGAAUCCUCCUACCUCCUAGUCACUACAAACUCUAUGGCAAUGUACACACCCAAUUCCUCGUCUCGUCCGAUGCGAUACCCGCCAAUCAUUCCCGAUGCCGAAUCGUCCGAAGCUGGACUGUGGACUCGCUGGGCCAGACCUUCGCGGAACUGGAUGUACAGUCAGAGGUACGAUGGAAUCUUCCUCUGUCAAGAAAAAGGCUGGAUCUAUUAUCUCGAGUUUGGCAACGAUGGUGAACUCGAAACCCAGACUUCUCUGGGUCAACUCCACUGCAAUGUUGAUACGGCAUUUGAUAUUCUUGAUAUGGGCCAUGAAGGCGGUGACUUCAUUCUCGCUGCUGGAAGCCAGGGUGAUGGUGGGCUGUUUGUCCAGGAGGCACGGGAUCACCCCAGAUGUGUUCAGCGAUUCCUCAACUGGGCGUCAGUUUCCGAUGCAGUUGUCAUUCCUUCAAGGCCCCCAGGCUGCUGCAGAGAUAAGCUAACUUAUCACGAUCGGAUUUUCAUCUGCUCAAACUCUGCCUUGGGCAAUGGAGCUAUUACAGAACUUCGAUAUGGCAUCGAGGCUCAGAUUGGAGUCGCAACUACAUUGGGUGGAUUGUCCAGCAUACGUGGUAUGUGGGCUGUGUCACUUGGUGCUAAGGAUUCAAUAUACUUGGUGGCCUCCGAUCCGCUUUCCUCGUUGCUUCUUCAUACGACUCCUGACAUGAGAGAUGGCAUUACUGCCCUUGAGGACGAUACAGGCUUGGACGUUCAACAGACCUUGGCAAUGGACUGCACACCUUCCGGUGUUAUUGUUCGGGUCACAGAAAAAGCUGUGCACUUUUUUGUCCCUACUGAUUUCUCCCUCAACAGCUGUGUUCAACAUGACCCCCUUGUAUUUGUCACAGCAGCUAUUGUGGAUGGCCCAAGUUCUACUAUUAUCAUGACUACCAGAAGUAGAGAGGGAAAUUUUCUCCAUUUUCUUCGGAUGGUCACAACUGAAGCAAGCGCCUCUCUAUCUGAUCAUGAGGCCCCAUACCUGCUCGAAAAAGAGCCCAUCUGUAUCUCCUACCAAAAUAUGGGGGAAGUUGAAUUCAUUUUCCUAGGCACUGGCGAUGGCACAGUGCUAUCAUUCGAGGUUUACAACAGGACUGGUGGGAUCAGACGACAUGCCGACACUCGUAUCUCAGUCAACACUGAAGAAGACAUAUCCAAAGCGAUUGAAAGUAUUGCUGUUAUCAGGAAUCCUUCAGACGAGAGAAUACACCCGUUCCUUUUCUGUGGGCUGCGAAGUGGCAUACUUAUUCCAUUCGAGAUACAUACCGAUGCCGUCAACCUUCGCGGUGACCCAGUUUUUGGUUUCAAAUGUUUGAAACAAAGAGCGCCACGCUACCUUGGUCGAACAUCAAUCAAUCUCAAAGCUCACAAUACAUUUGCGUUGCUUACAUGUGGAGAUGAUUUUUGGCGUGUGUCAUAUGCCCGAGAUUGCACUGGCUUCGACUAUUUCCUGUCUCGGGUUUGGAUUACAGAUCAAAACUGCCCCGCAUACUUCCCUACAAGAUUUAACAGCUUCGAUCUUGUUGACAUAAUAGAUCAAGAGACUGGGAGUGCAGCUACAUACCUGUUUUGUUUUGCAGAUGGUCAACUUCUAAUAUGUACUCUGGAUCAAGAAGCAAAGACCGUUCCCCGACGCAUCGACAUUCCCGGAAAUCCCAGCAAGCUCACCUACUCCAGGCAUCUUCAGAGUCUCAUUGUUUCAUAUACUGUCACUCAGAACAACAACAAAGCAAACCCUCUUGAUCUUUCCCACACGGCAUAUGUCGAGUUUGUGGAUCCAGACACACAGUUAUCAGUGGUUCCCAGCGAUACAGACAUGGUUGCUCAAGGCCUUCUUCCCUGGAGACCACAUGGAGUUUCUGGUGAGAAAAUCACUUGCAUUCUUGACUGGAUGCCAGUAAAGAAUGGCGACGCGUACCAUCUCAUAGUAAUUGGGACUUUAAUCAAUCUGCCUCAUCAACCCAAUAACCGCCAAGGUCGAUUGAUGCUCAUACAAGCGUCUCGUGAUGCCAACCAUCCUGAGCAGAUUACCUGCAUCGACAAGCACACGCAAUGGUUUAAGGACCCAGUUUAUGCGAUGGUGGCAUACUACGAUAGCGUGAUUGUUGCCUCUGGGAAAAGAUUCUUCACGGUCACCUCGCGAAACUCUCAAACAAAAUGGAUUCGCAAUAUUUCAGGCACACUACCAUCCCCAGCUGUCGCGAUGACGGUGAAAGGAGACAUGAUCUACGUUACCACUUCGAGGCAUUCCCUGAUGGUCUACAAGAUUGUAAAUGGGGACAUCCUGUUGAACGGGUUCCACCCAAUGUCGCGCGAUGGUUUGUCUCACACUUUCAUGCCCGGGCCUGAAACUGGAUCGGAUCGCCUUCUUGUGAGUACCCGAGGUGGAGCUACCCGAGUCUUCCCAAACGCCCAAAGACGAGGCGACCUUGUGCCUUGUCCGACAGCCAAUCUGCCCAUCUCAUUUAUUAAGCUCGCGCAAGGCUGCAAGUCUCCGGCUUCGCUCAAGACCGUCAGUACGUUUUAUGGCUUUGACAUCAAUGGAUCUGUCUAUCGGCUCUUGCCCCUCGACGAGGAGGAGUGGUGCCUUCUUCAACUUCUGCUCAACUUUUGCCUUAGGGAUGAGGGCAUCUGUCCCUCCCUCUCCCGUAGACAUCGCUAUCUUGAUGCAAUCUCCCAGGUCGAAAUGAGUAAGCACAUCGAUGGAAAUAUUCUGUCUCGCCUUGUUAGUCACGACUCGAAAUACCUGGAUAAGCUUCUCAUGGCAUGCAAUGGGAGUCAGUCCAAGGACCUGACCCCUGAGACAGUGCGUGUGUUCAUUGGGGCAAUUGAGGACGUCCUUGGUGUUUCUGCCAACCACACUGAGGCUCUAUUCACUUGGCUUCGGAAUGUGCUUCACAUUGAGCUUUAA